GGGGGCGCCAACGGCCCGGCGGGGCGCUGAGGCGAGGGGCGCGACGGGGCAGCGGCGGCGGCGGGGGGUGGCCGGGGAGGGGCGGCCAGGGCCCGCCGCCAUGGCGCACAAACAGAUUUACUACUCAGACAAGUACGAUGAUGAGGAAUUCGAAUACCGGCAUGUGAUGCUGCCCAAGGACAUCGCCAAGCUGGUGCCCAAGACCCACCUGCUGUCAGAGUCGGAGUGGCGGAACCUGGGGGUGCAGCAGAGCCAGGGCUGGGUCCACUACAUGAUCCACGAGCCAGAGCCCCACAUCCUGCUCUUCCGCCGACCACUGCCCAAGAAGCCGGAGAAGCGAGUGGCCCCCAGUCCACCGAAGGCCCCGGCCCACCCAAGCUGAGACAGCACCUUCCUCCUCCUCGGCGUUCCCGCGGGGCUGCGCCCCACGCCAUGCCAGCGGGUGCUAAUGAUGCUCGGGUGCUAAUGAUGCUCGGUGCCACCCGGGUACUGCCGUGGCCGGUACCGGGGGUCCUCCCAGCCACAAGGCCGGAGCGUGCUUCAAAGCGUCAAUAAAUGGAUGUUUGGGA